AUGUGGAGUAACCUGAAAAGCAAAUGCCAAACUCUAUUUCACAACAACAGUUCAGGACCCACUGAUAGCCGGAAUGAUGCAGAUGCCGUCCACUGUGUGGUGGAUAACAGCCAUGCGGGUAGCUCAGGUGCGGCUCAGGCAUCAGAGGUCGCCGCUUCGUCGAGCAGCCUCCCUCCAGUGCAGAUGGUAACUGUUGGCCGCCGCCAUCACAACUGUGUCUCAGACACGCCUCAGAUAGUAGAGAUCUCUAUCGACAAGGACACAGAGGAUGUGGGUGGGGGGUCAGGGAGUAUCCCCUUGGCUCGCAGAGACUCUUACUCCCGUCAUGCUCCAUGGGGGGGCAAGAAAAAACACUCUUGUUCCACAAAAACUCAAAGUUCUUUAGAAGUAGAUCGGCGGUCUGGACGCCUGCGAGGGAGUGGAAACCGUAGAGACAGGCGCUAUGGUGUCUGCUCAAUCCAGGAGAUGAGCGACUCUUUGUCUGGGGGACGCGGUUUGAACGGUCGGUCGUUGCGCCAGCGACUAAGUGAUACCGUAGGCCUUUGCUUACCACUAGCUGCUAACAGACGCUCUUCCAAAAACCCUGUUGUUUCCAAACGAAAGAUUCACCUGACGGAGCUAAUGCUGGAGACCUGCCCCUUUCCGCCAGGCUCGGAGCUCGCCCACAAGUGGCAUUUGAUCAAGCAACACACGGCACCAGUCAGCCCACAUUCCUCAACUGCCCUGUUGGAUGCCUUUGACCCAGCACACCCCUCACCUGAGGAUGAGGAGGAACGUCUGCGGGAACGCCGCAGGCUUAGCAUCGAGGAAGGUGUGGACCCACCUCCUAAUGCACAGAUCCACACUCUUGAGGCUGCCGUUCCAGGCUCAUCUGUCUACAAACUGGGACCAAAGAUGGCUCCUGGCAUGGGGGACGCACCCGGAGAUGGCCGAGCCACAGGAACUGGUAGUUCUUUGGGAGCGGCAGCCUCAGGGGCUUGUGCUCAGGUGUUGGGGGCCACCGCUUCAGCCCAGGACACGGACUCCGAGGAGGACUCCACAACCCUCUGUCUCCAGGCCAGGAGACCGAAACAAAGGCACGCCUCUGGGGAAGGUCACCUGAGUAGACAGCAACCCGGGCCCUGGAAGGUUCACACGCAAAUAGACUACAUCCAUUGCCUCGUGCCAGAUUUAUUGCAGAUCACAUCUUUGCCGUGCUACUGGGGAGUAAUGGACCGCUACGAGGCCGAGUCGCUGCUGGACGGACGUCCGGAGGGCACCUUCCUGCUUCGUGAUUCGGCCCAGGAGGACUACCUUUUCUCUGUCAGCUUCCGCCGUUACAACCGUUCGCUGCACGCCCGCAUCGAACAGUGGAACCACAACUUCAGUUUUGAUGCCCACGAUCCUUGUGUUUUCCACUCUUCCACGGUCACAGGACUGCUGGAGCACUACAAGGAUCCAAGCGCCUGUAUGUUUUUUGAACCUCUGCUCACAGCGCCUCUACAUCGAACAUUUCCCUUUAACCUGCAGCACCUGGCGCGAGCGGCCAUCUGCCGUUGGACCACUUAUGAUGGGAUAGGAUCUUUGCCGCUGCCGCCUGCCUUGCAGGACUUUCUCAAGGAGUAUCACUAUAAACAGAAAGUUCGAGUUCGCUGGCUGGAAAGGGAGCCGCCGCUAAAAGUCAAAUAG